GAAACGUCGUGAAGGAGGCGUGAGGCCUAGCUCUCCUGUAUGCAACCAGCUAGCUAAAGCUCUAAAAGAUAAUCGAUCGUGUGUGGAUUUUAUAAAACGUGAAACAUCGAUUGAGUAAAAUAAAGAAAAGGAACAUAUUUUGCUGCAGGAGUUCUACCUGCCACCAUGUCGCUGGAAGCACCAGACAUGGGCCACGAUCCUGCACCAGACAUGUCCCCAGAACUAGCUGCAGAUUCCGCUCCAGCCCCAGAAUUAGCCCCUGAGCUAACACCAGAUACAGCCCCAGAACUAGCUGCAGAUUCAGCUCCGGUCCCAGUAAUGAAUCCAGGUUGUAAGAUCAUGACAUUCCGGCCCACCAUGGAGGAAUUCAAGGACUUUGCCAAAUACGUUGCCUACAUGGAGACUCAAGGAGCACACCGUGCAGGCCUGGCGAAGGUGAUUCCCCCCAAGGACUGGAAGCCACGGAAGUCAUAUGACGUCAUUGAGGAGAUGACGAUCCCUGCUCCCAUCAUGCAGGUGGUGACGGGCCAGUCAGGCCUCUUUACCCAGUACAACAUCCAGAAGAAGUCCAUGACUGUGGGGGAGUACCGCCAACUGGCCAACAGCAGAAAGUACUGUACUCCCCGACACAAGGACUUUGACGACCUGGAGAGGAAGUACUGGAAGAACCUCACCUUUGUGUCUCCAAUCUACGGGGCUGACGUCAGCGGCUCCAUCUAUGACUCCGAGAUCAGUGAGUGGAACAUCGGCCACCUGAACACGCUGCUGGACAUGGUGGAGCAGGAGUGUGGCAUCGUGAUCGAGGGGGUGAACACUCCCUACCUGUACUUUGGCAUGUGGAAGACCACCUUCGCCUGGCACACAGAGGACAUGGAUCUCUACAGUAUCAACUACCUCCACUUUGGAGAGCCCAAGUCCUGGUAUGCCAUCCCACCUGAGCACGGGAAAAGGCUGGAGAGGCUGGCUCAAGGUUUCUUCCCAGGCAGUUCCCAGGGCUGUGACGCCUUUCUCCGCCACAAGAUGACUCUCAUCUCCCCGUCCAUACUGAAGAAGUACAGCAUCCCCUUCGACAGGAUCACUCAGGAAGAAGGCGAGUUUAUGGUCACCUUUCCUUAUGGCUAUCACGCCGGAUUCAACCACGGCUUCAACUGCGCCGAGUCCACCAACUUUGCCACCCUGCGUUGGAUUGACUACGGCAAGAUGGCAACACAGUGUACAUGUCGUAAGGACAUGGUGAAGAUCUCCAUGGACGUGUUUGUCCGCUGCCUGCAGCCGGAGCGCUACGUCCAGUGGAAACAGGGCAAGGACGGCAUGGUGCUGGACCACCAGCGACCCACCACCCUGACCAGCCCUGAGCUGGAGCACUGGAGGGCCAACCGGGUCACCUACCGCCAGAAACUGCUUCAGAGAGCUUUACAGAAGAAGGAGCAGCUGCGGCGGCUGAAACUGGAGGAGGUCAAGGUUCUGGCGGAGGAAGGCAUCGAGAUGGAUGCCGCCGAGUACCAGCGUCAGGUGGAGGAGCGAGAGGCCCAGCGGCGCCAGGAGAGGGAGGAGAGGAUGGCCCGGGAGGCGUUUCAGACCCUGGAGGCCAUGGAGAGAGAGGACCAGGAGAGGGAAGAACGGGAGAGGCAGGACCGAGAGAGGCAGGAAGCCGUUGCCGCCAAGGCCACAAGAGUACACGACCCCCAGGCAGACCCACAGCACUUGACGGCGAAUGGAGAGAAGAAAAAGAAGAAGAAGAAGAAGAAGAAGAAGCAACAACAACCUACCCUGGCCCCUAUAAAUUCCUUCCAAGCAGCGUUUGAGAAGUUUGCCACAUUCAACAUGCCCCAGACACCAAAGGAGCCCCAAGGCAGCAAUGACACGGAAAUACCAGCAGAGGGCAGGCUUGAUGUGAAAGGCAUGCAGCAGCAGUCAUCGUACUACUCUAAGCAGUUGAAGAUUAAGAUGGAGGUGAAGAAGAGUCGCCGGCACCCCCUCAGCAAGCCGCCUAUGCGCUCUCCGCUAUCCAUCGUCAAGCAGGAAAUGUCCAGCGAUGAAGAGCUGUUCUCCCCUUUGCCACUGGAUGGCCAUGUGAAGAAGGCGGGCCACUUGUGGCAGAACCGCACUCCUAACAUCCUGGCUGAGAAGAGUUUCAACGCGGCUGUGGCCACCCUGGAACCCUACUGUGCCGUAUGCACCCUGUUCUGCCCAUACACCCAGCCCCAGAAGGACUCUCUGUACCUGUCUGACAGCCCCAGUGCCCCCAACCACCCCCACACUCCCGGCUGCGGCAGCCGCACCCACCCGCUGGUCCCAGAGAUGUGCUUCAGCGCUGGGCCAGACAACACGGAGCCGCUGCCCUCCAACUCCCACACGGGAGAAGACUGCACCAGCCCGCUGAUCUCCUGCUCCUUCUGCAACCUGCAGGUCCACUCCAGUUGUUAUGGUGUUAGUCUGGACACGGUACACAAUCAGUCCUGGAUGUGUUCGCGAUGUACAGCGCUCGCCUGGACAGCGGACUGCUGUCUGUGUAACUUACGGGGAGGGGCUCUGAAGAUGACCACAGACAACCGGUGGGUCCAUGUGAUUUGUGCCAUCGCCGUGGCAGAGGCUCGCUUCGUCAACGCCAUCGCAAGGGAGCCGGUGGACGUCAGCGCCAUCCCUGAUAGCAGAAAGAGUCUGAAGUGUGUGUACUGCCACAAGAACACCAAGCAGAUGUGCGGGGCGUGUAUCCAGUGUUCCCAGGACAACUGCUCCACCUCCUUCCACGUCACCUGCGCCCACAUCGCCGGUGUGCUCAUGAAGCCAGCCGAUUGGCCCUACGUGGUGUCUGUCACCUGCCACAAGCAUAAGAAGACCAAUCACAAGGCAAGGGUGGGGCCAAGGGGGGAGUUUUCUCUUGGUCAGAAGGUAAUUGGUCGGAACAUCGAUGGCUGGUUCUACCCCUGCACCAUCAUUGGCAUGACCUCACAAACCUUCUACGAGGUCAACUACGAUGACGGCUCCUACUGUGACAACAUCUUCCCCGAGAACGUUGUGAGUCACGACUGUCUUUGUAACGGUCCCCCAGAGACCGGCGCGCUGAUGUUGGUCCACAACAUGGAGGGCCAGGCGCUCAACGCCUCCUACGUCAAGGAUCACGUGCACAAGUACUACCAGGUGGAGUUCCAAGAUGAGUCCCAGCUGUUACUGAAGCAAACAGAGAUCCAUUCGCUGGAGCAGGACCUGCCCAAGAGGGUCUGCACUCGCCUGGCAAUACCAACCCAGGAAGCCCUUCUGUCAGGAGAUGAACCACAGGCAGCCAAGAGGCCUCGCCUCCCCGCCCCUCACCCCACACCUCAAGCCCCCAUGGACCCCGGAUGCCAACCCCCAGCUACAGGCCCUGUACCUCACAGUAUUACACCUCACACACCCAGCCAUGCUCCUGGUCCCUCCAACACUGAUAUCAGCGCCCUUACCCUCACCCAGGCUUUGGCAAUACCCAUCUCCGAGCCCACCCUCACCCCAAUGCCAACUCUCACUGAUCCUCUCCCAGCCCCGUCGGCCCUAGCCGCCCCUCUGCUGCCCCUCUCCCCAGCCGUGCCCUUCCAGGACCAGGGUGAAGUUUACACAGCCAGGUCCGUGCCCUUCCAGGACCAGGGUGAAGCUUACACAGCCAGGUCCAUGCCCUUCCAGGACCAGGGUGAAGUUUACACAGCCAGGUCCCUGCCCUUCCAGGACCAGGGUGAAGCUUACACAGCCAGGUCCAUGCCCUUCCAGGACCAGGGUGAAGGAUACACGCCCAGCUCCAGCUACGUGUCCUACAUGGAGACGCUGCUCAAUACACACUUCCCCCCUCAGGAAGAUGGCCCCGGGCCCCUGUUUUAAUGAGACGCCACCACUCUGCCGUGAUAGCUAGGCUAACAGGAGCUAAGCUAAUGCUAGGAAAGAUAAUGUAAUCUAUGCUAAAGGAGGCUAAGUGAUAGACAGUAGCAUCUGUUACAGAAUGCAGAUAAAGCACUCCUCAGUUGCAUGUCUUUUUUUUUAUUUUUAGGGUGGGGGGGGUUCUCACUGCUGUGGUGUGGUUAUGGGCUGUUCCUAGAACUGCAGCAGAAGAGGAGGCUUCUUUGUGGUGUGGUUAUGGGUUGUUCCUAGAACUGCAGCAGAAGAGGAGGCUUCUUUGUGGUGUGGUUAUGGGCUGUUCCUAGAACUGCAGCUGAAGAGGAGGCUUCUUUUCCACUUCUUCUGUGUUUGUGCAAAACGCAAAAUGUAUAGACAUGAAUAGACUCACAAGCAUCAUCACCUUACCUCUUUCUAUCCAUUUAUUUACCCGCUUUUACAGAACGGUGACGUCAGCUUUUUUGUGUUCAUCUAUGAAACCAGCAACAACAAUUUUUUAAUUGAAGCUUUACCAACUGCUUACAAUGAAACAGAACAGCAUAUGGACAGAAUAUUUGUGUACAGUUUCAAUAAUGUAUUUUUGUUUGUGAGGUCCUGGGGAAAGGUUGGAAUGUAUUACAGGGGGGUUGACAAGUAUUUCAAUGUCUUAUUCAUAUAUUGAUAUCAAAUCCUUGUACAAAGAUAAAACAUUUUUUGGGGGGGGAAUGCAACCAUGGUAGUUACACUUUAUUGUAAUCUUGUCUGCAGAACCAUUGAAUUUUGUGAAGAUGUGUUGCAGUGGUUCUGAAUGUGUCCCUGUAUCGAACAAACCCAAAAACCAUCAUGUUCACAUUGCUCACGUUUUCCAACUCCAGAACUUCUCUGGGCUUUGUUUUGUAGCAUUCUUCCUAAAAAUCAAUGUUACUAUUCGACGUUGUCUGUUCGUAUGACUAUUCUUUCUAUGUUUAUUUUGUGAAUAUAUUAACCUCACGAGGUGAUCUGAGUAAAUGCUUUGAUUAUGAAAUGAUGAUCCUUUUUUGAGAUUUUAGAGAGAGGUAAAUUGAAUUUCUACUCCAGUAAACAAGACCUGCAUUUUCAAAUGGUAUGUUAACUAUCUUUAUAGAGGUGCUAUCCUGUAUGACUGGGGAAGCAUGCUUCUCAUACCCACAGUCACAUUAUACAUAGUGCAAGCCUUUGUGUGUGAAUCAAAUCUGUUAAUGUCAUACUAGCCAUGUAAUUGAACUGUUAUUACAAUAGAAUGUCAUGACAGAUCAAUGUUCCUAUGUGGAAACCUACUGUGAAGAGGCUUUAUUUCAUAGGAAUUAAACUGAGUUGUUAUAGCCA